CACAAAUCCGAUCUAUGUUAUUUGUUUCCGAUGGGAUCCGACGUACUAAUGUUAAUUGGAUUUGGGAAUCAUCUCGAACGAUUAAUUCCGCUCGAUUCUUGGUACCAGAUAAUCCUGAAUCACGUCAGAUCUGGCGAGAUCCGGACAUCGGAUCCGAUAGGUUCUGGCUACAUGAGGCCGGUCGGAAUGGAUGGAAUCCGGUAACCGAAUAUGAAAGAAAAAUGACGAAUAUGAUCGGAUUCUGGCGGAAACGUCCCGACCGAAUCCGAUGA